AUACAGAUGAUAGUAUUCAAAAAAGACCUGGUGGUUCAUCUUUAUUAAAUAAAAUAGUUUCUAUUUUUUUUUCAAAUACACCAUUUAUCGAUACUUCUGGAACAUUUGAAACUAGUAUUAUUGAAGAAAAUGAUGAAAAAAUUAAUGGUAAAACAAUAAAAUAUGGAAAACCUAGUUAUACAGAACAAAAUAUUGUUACAAAUUCAUUAAUUAUGAUAACUCAUUUUGGUCAAACAAUUUCUAAAAAAGUAUCAAAAGCACCUAAAUUAAAAUUACAUAGAUUUUUUUGCCAAAUUGAUAUGAAUAUUGUAUUAAACACAAAAAGUAAUGAUGAAAUACCAUUAUAUGAUGAUAUAAAAUUAUAUGAAUCAUCUGAAAAUAUUUGUUUAGAAGAUAUUUUUAAAAAAGGAACAUAUAGAUUUGAUGAUACUGAUAAAAACAUGCAAUCACAUUUAAUUGAAGAAAACUGGAAAAAAAUAACAGCAAUCGAUAUACCAAUUAAUGUAAAUAAAUUAUUAAAAAACAACCAAUCUAAAUGUUGUGAUAAACCUUUUUGGCAUAAUUUUAGAAUGCCUUAUGGUGUUAAAAGAGUUGAUGAAGAAAAAAGUAUAAUACUUUACUGUUGUAAUAGAGACAAUCAAACUAAUAUGACUAGUUUAGAAUAUAAUAAUAAUAUAAUACAUUUUGGUAAAACACCAAAAUUUCCUACACAUUUUGGUUCUUUUCUUAUUGUCAAUAAAGUAAUGCCUAUGAUGGGAUAUGAUACAAAUAUGGAUAGUAUGAUGAAUCUUAAAUUUACUACAGGAUCAGCAAUGCAACAAUUAAUAGAUGCUGUUAAAGAAAUAAUAAAUAACUCCUCUAAUUCAGAAAAACCCUCAGAACCUGAAGAUACUACUGAUACAAACCAAACCAAAGAUCCACUACUAUCUGAAGGAGGAAUAUUUAAUUAA